AUGAAGCCUGGGCCGCCGCACCGCGCCGGGGCCGCCCACGGGGCAGGCGCCGGGGCCGGGACCGCGGCCGGGCCCGGGGCCCGCGGGCUGCUGCUGCCGCCGCUGCUGCUGCUGCUGCUGGCGGGGCGCGCCGCGGGGGCCCAGCGCUGGCGCAGCGAGAACUUCGAGAGGCCUGUGGAUCUUGAGGGCUCUGGGGACGACGACUCCUUUCCUGAUGAUGAACUGGAUGACCUCUACUCGGGGUCAGGCUCGGGCUACUUCGAGCAGGAGUCGGGCAUUGAGACAGCCAUGCGGUUCAGCCCAGAUGUGGCCCUGGCGGUGUCUACCACGCCUGCUGCGCUGCCCACCACGGACAUCCAGCCUGUGGGCACCCCGUUUGAAGAGCUGCCCUCUGAGCGCCCUACCCCGGAGCCGGCCACCAGCCCCCUGGUGGUGACAAAGGUCCCGGAAGAGCCCAGCCAGAGAGCUACCACCAUUUCCACUACCACGGCCACCACUGCUGCCACCACCACAGGGGCCCCAACUGUGGCCACAGUGGGCGCAACUGCCACCCCCAGCACCCCUGCAGUGCCCCCUUCCACGGCCACCACUGCUGUCAUAAGGACCACCGGUAUACGGAGGCUUCUGCCUCUUCCACUGACCACGGCAGCCACGGCCCGGGCCACCACCCCAGCGGGACCCUCACCUCCCACCACGGUGGCUGUCUUGGACACAGAGGCCCCAACACCCAGGUUGGUCAGCACAGCUACCUCCCGGCCAAGAGCCCUUCCCAGGCCAGCUACCACCCAGGAGCCUGACAUUCCCCAGAGGAGCACCCUGCCCCUGGGAACCACUGCCCCUGGACCUACAGAAGUGGCUCAGACCCCAACUCCAGAGUCCUUCCUGACCACGAUUGGGGAUGAGCCAGAGGUGCCAGUGACUGGGGGGCCCAGUGGGGACUUCGAGCUGCCGGAAGAAGAGCCCACACAGCCAGACACAGCCAAUGAGGUGGUGGCUGUGGGAGGGGCUGCGGCCAAGCCGUCACCUCCACCUGGGACACUGCCAAAGGGUGCCCGCCCAGGCCCCGGCCUCCUGGACAAUGCCAUCGACUCGGGCAGCUCAGCUGCUCAGCUGCCUCAGAAGAGUAUCCUGGAGCGGAAGGAGGUGCUCGUAGCCGUGAUUGUGGGCGGGGUGGUGGGCGCCCUCUUCGCCGCCUUCUUGGUCACACUGCUCAUCUACCGCAUGAAGAAGAAGGACGAGGGCAGCUACACGCUGGAGGAGCCCAAGCAGGCCAGUGUCACGUACCAGAAGCCUGACAAGCAGGAGGAGUUCUACGCCUAG